AUGUCGCAUGCUACGUCUCCUAUGCAUGAGGACCAGCUAGAGGGUCACGACCAGAGCCCCGACAUGGCGACGGCAGUAGGUUGUCCUCCUCCUCUCCCGCCCUUGCCCGUCCCCUGUCAUCCAUCGCUCGCUGCCCUCGGCUUCCCCUCGCGCCCCCCUCCGCCCACCCCCAGCGCUACAUACAAGCGCCACCCGCCUCCGCUCCCGCCACCCCGCCGACUCUCUACUUCGGCCUCCGCGGUGUCUACGCGCACUACGCUCUCAUCAUCUUGCGCUUCAUCUUCAUCUUCAUCAUCUUCAUCUUCCUCUGCUCGCCACGUAGAUGAUUCACCUCUACAGCGCCAGCGUUCGGCCACCGUGCCCGUGCCGCAGCCACAGCCUCGCCCGCUCACGUACAUCGCGCCUCGUGCAGGGGGCACCACCCUCCUCAGCGACGCUCGACGUACUACAUGCGUCUUCGACCACCCUGCCCGCCUAGUCCCUAGCGGCAGCAGCACCAGUGCUAGCCUUGUUGGCAAGGAGGUGCGAUGGCGCGACGUUGCUGAACCCAUGCUCGAUCUGGACCAGACGAGUAGCGGAGGUGGUGGCAGCAGCGCGCUAUCGUUCGGGUCUGUGCAGUUGGCGUACAGGACCUACUCGUCUCUGGACGGCGAGCCGCCGCGAUUCCCACUGCUGCUACUUGACGUCUACUGCGUGGACGUCAGUUCAUCAAUGUGGUUCUCACCUCGCGCGGGGCCGCUGGGCAUCUUCGGCAAGUCCAAGCUCGACACCGCCAAAGAGAUCAUGGCCCCGUCGGAAUCGAACCUGCGCAAGAAGCACGAGCAGCAGAGCCAACGGCUGGAGAAGGAGAUGCCUCACUACUACAUUGCCAAGAGGAAGAUCUGUCUCAUCAAGUUCCAUGAGAAAGUGAAGAUGCUGGUGCCGAUCGGAGAUGAGGACAGACAGAGAGGCGUGUUUCAGGAACAGCUGCGCACGCUCAAGCACAAGAAGCACACGGCACUGAUGGCCGCCCUCGAGUUCUGCGAGGAGGAGAUUCAGAAGUGGAUCGACCUCAAGCUCACUCCUGAGGAACAGAAGAUGGAGAAGGACGUCAUCCUCCAUCUGUUCACAGACGGUCACGAUACUGUGGCGGACAAGCAGCGACGAGCACAGUGGCAGUCUUACGUCGGCGAGCACAACAAGAAGAACAAGAAGAACAAGAAGAUCUACCGCACCUUCCUCUACACGUUCAGCCAGGACUUCACCAAGUCCAAGGACAUGGCCAAGUGGCUGAGCGAGAUCGGAUCCGACACGCAGCUCAUCGUUGUUGAUACUGCCCAUCCUGAACGGAGUUGGCAGCAGCGGGACAAAAUGCUGUUCACGUUGCUGCGAUCGAAGCCCUCAUCAACCAGCCACGUUCUCACACGCAAGCCGUCCAAGCGGUUCCGGAUCGGCAAAUACAACUACCUCGCAAACGUGGACGGAGAGCACAACAUCGGACUCGAUUGGACUUUGGAGUACUUGAAGAAGCUCGAGAUCGUGUUUCAGCAAGAGGACUUCUACCAAUGCACAAACAUCUUCCGCUCCGAGGGUGAUAUCAGCAUCGUCACCGAAGUCGACAAAGAGUUCUUGGAGGGCAAAACAAGCCUGGAGAGCCUGGAGCGGCCGCUGGAGGUGGCUUCUGCGACAAAGCGCAUCCUGCGCCGCUCGGAGCCCUUCAUUCCCCUUGAACUUCAACCCAAGCUCAUCGAGCUUCUCCUCAAGCCACUUCCGGCGCUGGAGAAGGGUGUUGCGAUGGCCAACAUGAUGCGUGACCUGCCGAUGGAGAACAAGCAGUGCCUGCGGAUCCUGUUCUCGAUCCUCCACACAGUGGCGGCCAACGCCGACCAUACCCAGAUGCCGUCGGGCCACCUGGCCAUCCCGUUCGCACCCAUCAUCUUCAAGGGCAAGGAGAUGGUCACCCUCUCCAACCUUGAGCAGCUUCGCUUCCAGGACUCCAUCCACGCCACAGCCUACCUCAUCAACAACUUCCCUGUCUUCUGCAAUCUCCUCGAGUAG